AUGAUAAUAUCAUAUCUUGCACGAAUUGUACUAUUAUUGCCUGAAUUAUCAUCUGGAGAAACUGAUCGACUUGCUGAAAUUGCAGCCGAUCAAGCGAAAGAGGUGGGUGUUUUUGGAGUUCUGGAAUUUUGUUCAAAAAAUAAAUAAAUAAUAUUUUUGUGAUUGAUUUGACAAAAAAGUACUUGUCGUUUCCAGAUUUUCUCUCUGGGGACUUACUUGAACUCGGACUUGGAACCAAAAAAAAAUAUAAAAAAUUACGUCAGAACAAGGAAAUAUGCAUUGUUUCCAGGAGAUUUAACAACAAUUAUAUUUCAUUUUUGAAUUUUUAACGUUGGUAGAUCAGUUUUUUUAUAAGAUAUGACAAGAAAUGAUUUAAUUUCAGCGACGAGAAAAUUAAAAAAAACAUUAAAUAAAAAAAAGUCAUUUCCAAAGAUGAAGUUCAAGUUAAAGAUAAAAAGGGUUACUGUAAGUUGUUCUGAAAAAAAACCGUUUAUUACAUUGGGGUUUUUACUUGACUAACCUUAUCAUGCAGAAAUUUGGAAACAAUUUAUAUUUUUGCCUGGAUUCUUUUCCAUUCACAUUUUUCCAAUAAUUUAUUAUUAUUUAUUUUUCACCUGCCUCAUAAAAUCAUUUUCUCCAGGAGCAAUUCAUUGAUUAUGCCCAACCGUUUCUCGAAAGGCACACAACUUUCCGACCAUAUGGCUCUAAACCAAGACACUAUGAUCCAAUUAUUGAACAUCCGAUUCCACCAAAUCCUCAGCCAACCGGACCUUGUCAAGUGAUAAAUGAGACAAGUCGCAAGGAUUUGUUAACGGUUAGUUGAGUUUUCCCAAAAAAACACUUGAAGUUUUCUGUGAAAAACAAAAGUUUAUUGAAUUUUGAACACCCUUGAGAGAAAAAAAAAGAGUUCAUCUAAUUUCAUAUACUCUCUAUAUCUUUCUCAUUUCAUUUGUUGUUUUAUGUAUAUGCAUGUAAAUAUAUAUACAACAUAUACAUAUGAAAACCGACAAUUCUUUCCUUUUUGGAUGAUGGGGAAACCCAUUAUAAUGCUUACGGAGAUAGAUAGUUAAGUGAGCGCCCGUCCAACGAGUUUACAUGAGCCGACCGGGGGUUCAAAAAAACAUUUAUUAGUUAUUUGUGCGCGGCGGCUGAAAAAAUGAAUGAAGAAGAUUGACUUUUUCAUUCAAAGGGAAGGGAAUUUUGGAACCUUUUAUAAAUAUUUGGCUGGGAAGCAAGAUCUGGAAUUUUUAUAAGAUGCGGAGCCCUCCAAAAUCUGAAAUUUUCUGGCUUGUCUUUAGAAAAUAAAGAUUGAUUUAUUUAAAUUAAUAAAAAAAGAGAAAUACGCGGAACCUUUCCUAAAAAUUAGGGGUUUUCUUAGAAAAUGUAUUUACUACCCAAAAUUGCUAGGAUUCAAAGUUGUGUUCCGGGUAGAUCAAAUAUUUUUCUCUGAAUUCCUCAACCGUUUUAAGUUACCCUAACUUCACUCUUGUCCAAAAGUUUUCGAUUUAUCAUCCACGGAAAGUGCUUAUUUGUGGUUUCCCGGAAACGAAUAAAUAUUUUAGGUAGAUUUUUGUUUCUAGUUCCAAGGCAUCAAAAAUUGUUGGAAAGCGUUUUUUUUUGAGUAAAACAGAAGAAGAAGAAGAAUUUAUUCGCAUUUUUUAUUAUAUGCGGUUGAUGAGGCGAAAAAUGUUUUUUAGUACACCUGAGUUUGAGCGAACCAACCAAAUAAAUAUGUUGUAUGUAUUUAAAAAAAGAAGACAAAAAAAUAGUUCCUUGUCUUGUCUUGUCUACAUAGAUGACCAAGUUUAAUCUAAUUGACUUAUUUUAUUUCAAGCCAAACAUUGUAUUGACAUUUAUGUACAUUCAGCAGAAAGUUUCGGCGAGAACAAAAAUUGGAUUAAAAAACGAAAUCAAAAAGGGAGGGUUGUGUUUCGUCUAAUUGAAUUUUUGUUUUGUCAUCGGCACCCACCAAGUUUUUUUUUCGUCGCAUUCGGAUUGUCCGAUUAGAUUUUUCUCAUAUAAAUGAAUAACAAGCGUUUGGGAGCAGUUUUUUUGGGUUUUCGGGAAAACAACCAACCAAUUAAAAAUAUUCAAAUGGGAAUUUUAUUGGGCGAAAUGCGCAAUUGGGUUCUGAUUUGGAUGGUUGUCUGUCAACAAGAUUUUCUAAAAGAUUAUUCCGGGAAAAAAUUAUCACAGAAAUUAUCAUGAAGUUAAAAGGGGGUGUUUUCUAGUAGUUACAGUCCCCCCUAAAAUAUAAAGUUUUCAAAAAAUCCUGUUUCUGAAAAAAAUUCCAACAUGAAACUUUAAUUUCCUUUUCCAGUAAACCAUAAUCGUUGAAUCAUAUUUCAAAAAUUUCUGAAAAUUUUCAAGUUUUCUCCCAAAACACAUUUAUCAUCCACACCCAACCAGUGAAGAAGAAGAAAAAAUAAAAUAUAUUGCAGUUUCAAAACUAAUUCUCUUUUUUCGUUUUGAACGUAAAACGAAUUUUCGCGCCUGAGCCACAACAUUUUUUUUGGUUUUGGUCUAUGUGCCAACGAAAAAUUGGGUGUACUUUUGUCAGUGGAAAAAUAAAAGAGAUGGGAUGCAUUUCAAUGAUCAUUUUUGAAGUUUGAUGAAUAAUUUAUAGACAACUUGUUUUUAUGCUAUUGAAAAGAAAUCUAUUUAUUUAUUGAAUGGUAUUUUUGAAAAAUAAAUAUGUUUUUUGAGAACUUGUAGAACAUUCUUUCUUUGUGCAUCAUCUUUUUAUUCAUCUAAUUUUGAUGAUGACUUGCACAAAAAGCCAAAAAUUUUACAUUUUUAUGUAUGUAUGUCUUCUUUUUGGAGAAUAAGAAGAAUAAGAACAUAUUGGAUAGAGAACAAAAAAUCAUUUUUUCUCAAAUGACAUUUCAAUUUCUUUCAGAAACUCUUCGGCGAAACAUACGACAAGAACAAUCUACCAAGUGCAAAUUCUACCGAGGUGUGUGAAAAAAUUUGCAAAUUAGAUUAAAUGAAAUGGAACAAAUUGGCUGGAAACAAUGCACUUGAAUAAAAUAAUGCCUUCGUUUAAAGUGCAUUCUUUGUGCUACCAAUGUGGGGGGAAAUUUUGAAUCGGGUUUUCAAAAAUAAAAUAAAUAUGAUCUCAUUUCUCUUUAAAAAAUUAUUAGUGAUCAGAAUUUUCAGACUCGGGUUUCAUUCAGAAACUCUCUGAAAAUUCUUCCAAAUUAUCUGGCCUGUUUCAAAUUCAGAAAACCCCAACCAUUUUUUUCAGGUCAUAGUAGAACUAACAGUCCAAUCAAUCACCGAAAUCAGCGAAUUCUCCUCAAGUUUCAAAGCCGAUGUUUGGUUUUCUCAAAUCUGGCGAGAUCCCCGUCUCGAUUUUUCUGGCCAAAACUACUGUAUCAAAAAUAUCUCACUGGCAGCGCAUAAAUUACCAACAAUGUGGUCUCCAAAUGUCUGUUUUGUUAAUAGCAAAAAGGUUGGUUUGAUAGAAAUUUUAGAAUUUUGACAAAAAUUUAUUAUUCAUAUGUACAUGAGUUUAUUUUUGAAAAGAAAACGGAAAACUCUGAUGUUUGAUUUUUUCUCACCGGAUUUAUCUUGGACAAGCCAACUUUUUUCUAACUUAAAUGAAUACGUUGAUUCUCGAAAAAGGAUAGAGGGAUCAGAAAUCGUAAAAAAAACUAAUAAAGAUAGAAAUUCUGUGUGACGAAAUGAAACUCUUCUUCCUGUUUCCAAAAAAAAGUUCAUUAAAGGUCGAAAUUCAUGCAUCUCCAUCUCAAAACAUUCUUCUUUUGAUCUUUCCAAAUGGCACAGUUUGGCUAAAUUUCCGUGUUUCCCUCAUUGGACCCUGCAAACUUGAUUUGACCUAUUUUCCAAUGGAUCGCCAAUCAUGCAACCUAGUGUUCGAGGUAUGUAUUUUGAAAAUAAACAAAAAAAAAAAAUAUGGAAAUGACAUGUGACAUGUCGGAUAAACACUUGAGUGUAAACAACUCUCUCCAAUUUUCAGAGUUAUUCGUAUAAUACGGCUGAAGUACGAAUUGUGUGGAGAGAUUGGGAACCAGUUAGUAUUCCGGAUCCGGAUUCCAAAAAUUUGCCCGAUUUUGAGCUUGUUGAAUUCAAGUUGGUUAUUUUUUUUCAUUGUUUGUGAAGUGUUUAUCAAAUUAUUGAAUGGGCUGGUGUCUGAGAAAUGAUUUUUUUUUUGGGAAAUUAAAAAACAAUCAGACUAUCUGGGGAAAUAGAAAAAGCAAACCUGCUCUACGGAACAAAAAUUUAACGUUUGAUCUACCAAAAAAUUUUCACAUAACCAUUAAAGUUCAAAAAAUCUUGGAGGAAAUUGAAAUAUUCCGAAAAACCUCAGUGAAACUUUUUUUCUCUCUCAGAAACUUUUUUUGUCUCUCCUAAUCUUGGUUUCGAAAUUUCUUUUCCGUGAAUUCAAAAUCAAGAACAAUUGAUUAUUUCUUUGAUUCCGAACCAUUUUACAUUCAAAAAAAAUCCGCAAAAUAUUCCAGACAUCUCAACGCAACAUUAGUUUACACUGCUGGACUUUGGGAUCAAUUAGAAGUUCAAUUCACCUUCCGAAGGUUAUAUGGUUAUUAUGUUUUGCAAGCUUAUAUGCCAACAUAUUUAUCAGUUUUCAUUUCAUGGAUCGCAUUUUGGAUUGACACAAAAGCUUUACCCGCUAGAAUAACUCUAGGAGUCUCUUCCUUAAUGGCUCUAACUUUCCAAUUCGGUAACAUUGUGAAAAACUUGCCACGUGUCAGUUAUGUGAAAGCUUUGGAUAUUUGGAUGUUUGGUUGUGUUGGUUUCAUUUUUCUGUCGUUAGUUGAAUUGGCAGUUGUUGGAUUUGCUGAUAAACUUGAUGCAAAGCGAAGAAGACAUAACAGGUUUGUAACUUAAUUUUGGAUAAAGUUUUUAUUUUGCUACAGAAGUUUUGGCAGAUGUAAAGAGCAAAUGAUGAUGCGAAGUGAUUCGGAACAACAAUGGCUUUCAAGAUUAUCCGGCCAACAACGACCACAAAAUUCUGAAACUUCGACUGAUAAUACUAAUCACACGGUUCAAAUUAAUGAUGGGAAUGGGCAUUUGCGCCGGAGAAAAAGUGAGGAGAAACGGCAGAAGUUAUUGCUUCAAAUGGAACAUCCGAUGUUUGUUAAUGGUGAAAAAAUUGAUGAGGUAUCGAAUUUAUUUUCAUUUUCAGUUUGAACUUACGGGAAGCAACCAGAAACUUUCAGAUAUCCGCCAAAUUGUUCCCAUUAUUAUUCACGGCUUUCAAUAUUUUCUAUUGGUUCUAUUAUAUUGGAAUGUCUGGAGGAUUUUUCAGCAAAUAA